CGCGUCCCAGCAGGUUGCGCGCGCAGAUGGCGCUCGCUGUUGGUCAAUCCAAGAUGGCGGCCGCCGUGAUCCGAACCUGUCUGCGGGACUGGGGUCGCCGCGUCCGGUGGAGCAACGGGCUGCGGCAGCUGAGCCAAAUCCAGGGUCCUCCUGAUAACCCCAGCUUUGUGGAGUCUGUGGAUGAAUACCAGUUUGUGGAGCGCCUGUUCCCCCCUACCAAAAUCCCAGAGCCACCAAAGCAUAAACAUUAUCCCACUCCUAGUGGCUGGCAGCCUCCCAGAGAUCCCCCUCCCAACUUGCCCUACUUUGUUCGGCGAUCCCGGAUGCAUAACAUCCCGGUCUACAAAGACAUCACACAUGGCAACCGACAGAUGACUGUGAUCCGGAAGGUGGAAGGGGACAUCUGGGCUCUACAGAAGGAUGUGGAAGAAUUUCUGAGCCCACAGCUGGGAAAGACACCUGUCACCCAGGUUAAUGAGGUGACAGGUACACUUCGAAUCAAGGGCUACUUUGAUGAGCAGCUUAAAGCCUGGCUUCUUGAGAAAGGCUUCUGAGGCCUGAUGAUCAGUCCAUGGCAGUGCCCUCCACAGACUGGCAUCCAGAGAGGAAGUGGAUUUGGAGUCUCUGGAAUGGGAUCCAGAGCACAGGGUUCUUAAGUCAGCCAUUCUGGAAACAACCCAUCAGGGACGUGCAUCCUUGGCCUUCUGCAGCCUUUGCUAUAAGCCAGACUGGGCUUAGUGGUGAAUAUGGAAAACAACAUAGACAACACAGGACAAUGACAUGGACUGGAAUGGACAAGACAGACAAAAAUAUCUUAGGUUCUGAGUGCUGUAAUAGGUAGGGUUGGGGACAUCAGCCUGCUGUCCUGGAAUCAGCUAUGUUGAGGUUUGAAGACAAGAAAACGAAGGCUUUUCACUCCUGCUGUCCCUUCCCUUAUCAGCCACUUGUCCAACUCCACCAUUAAACUGGUUAGCAGUGUUCAGAUCCUGGCCACCCUGCUUGACUUCAGACCGAAGGUAGAAGAGAUACCAACCUCCCAGCACUCAGGUUUUCCACGUGUAAGAUGAAAGUGUGUCUAGUUAAAUACCUUGGCAUCUGCAUUCCAGGAGACCAUGGACCGUAAGUCUACGGGCUAGGCAAGGGAAAGGAUCCCUGCCCUAAGUUACAAGCCCCACCAGUCAUUAAUGCAAGUUUUUAUUUGGCUGUAUAUACAAUUUAAGCUAUUAAAAUUUGUACAAUAUUUACAAAUUAAAUAAUCAUCUGAAACUGU